AAAACAGUCGCCAUGAUUGUUUUCAGUGGAAACGAGAUUGGUUAGAUUAACGAGUGCCAGUAGUAAUCACAUCAGAAUGGCAGAGACCCAGCCUUCUGUGCGAGAAAACAGGGGGUCUCCAGUGAAGAGCGCUGCCAGUGGUGGAAGCCGUACCUCUAUCAACAUAACACUGCCAAAGACAAACCGUCCGGAGUCCCAGAGCCCAGGACAGACCCCUGUUGCCACCCCACGGCAGCCCGUCAUCCACAGAGACACCAGUCAAGUCAAUAAUAACAACAGGAAUAUCAGUGAAAGAAGGCCGAAAUCCAAGUCUUCUGGUCAUCACAGUGGUGUGUCUAACUCUGAAUUGAAGCGUAUGACAGCAGCUAGAAUUAUAGAAAGGACAUGGUUAUCCUACAGAGACAGACAAAUGUUCAGGUUACUCAAACAUGCUAUCUGUGCAGCAGAAAAUUCUUUGACAUAUGAAAUAUUAAGGAAAAUAAGUCCACAAGAGGCAGAACUAAUAAGGGACCCAAGUUUAGGAGUGAAAGUCAGAUUUAGGUUUGGAGGAGAAGAAUUUCCACCAAUGAUAUAUUUUAAGAAUUAUACAACUUCCAAAGGAGUGCAAUAUCUUAGUGGCAAGAGAGUAAUAAAGGCAGGAACUGAGGCUGCCCAGGAUGCCUGUGACCUGAUGGGUAACAGAAAAUUCCUGGACCAGAUCAUAGUGGAUGCAGUUCACCAUGAACAGUUUAAAAUAACAGAUGAGAUUGAUGUCACAACAUUAAAGGACUACAUGCAGUAUCUGAGUAAAUUAGAUGAAACUCCACAUUAUUUAGGAGGAAGAGAAAACCUAUGGAGGAAACUCACGUUGAAUUCUUUACCCAGAACCACCAUAUUCUUUGAUGUGGUGGACUACCUGUAUCACCAUAGGAUGUCCCCCAGGCUGAAGAAAGAGCUCCCGCAACUCCUCUCCAGGCCUAUAACCCAGGAAACACAGCUCCAGCACAUUAAGAUCAUAUCUAGAUUAAGGACCCCCGCUGUGACAGAGGCCCCAGGUCCCACUCCUAGGUCUACUAGGUACAGCCGAGAGUCCUCCAAGUUGACAGGAAGGAGGUCCAAACAGGCACAGAUGAAGGCGGCUAAGAUGAGGAGGAUGUACGGGAUGGAGAGCAGAUCUGAGAUGACGUCCAGUGUUGGUCACUCUCCGUCCAGGCUGGGUCAGGCCCAGGGGUUAGGGGACAGUUACUACAGUGGAGACGAAGAGGAGGAAGAGGAAUGGGAGAGAGAAGCCAAUAAACUUUAUGAAUGGACACAGGAACUGAAAUUUGAAGAAGUGGAUACACCAGUCAAGGUGUUAUAGCAGAGGAGCUGUGCUGUGAGAUUGGAGAUUUAGAUGGAUUUCAUGGCAUGUGACAUUUGCAUGUCAUAAAAAUUGGCAAUCUUUGGAAUCAUUGCAAUACUGCCAUUGAGCAGAGUGAUAUUAAAUGCAUUGACCAGCAUUGCACUCUCUGAAACACCAUGGAAAUAAGAUGGAGUUUUUGUUUUUUUCUCUCAUUAUUAAUAUCAGUAGAGGAGGACACAAAUUGAAACUGUGCAUUCUGUAGGGGAAUACUUGCACUGAGACAAUUGAAAAAAAGUCUGUUUGAUGUUACUUCUUCUUCACUGUGAACAGUACUCAUGCUGCCAUAAAGCUUUUUCUUGUCGUAGCACAUUACAUCAGCAGCUCAAAAAUCAAGGUCUUUGAGAAAUGACGAGUUUUGAAAGUGGAAAUUAUGAAAGAUAGUGGCUGGGUGGUAUUUAGAUGAACAUCUUCUUUGUGCCAGCUAGCAUACAGUUUUGCAAGGUGCUUCGCGUUGUUUUAGUUUCAGUGCAUUUUUUCAUGCAGGACUACAUGUGAAGAAGGAAGAGGAUAGAGUUAAUAGACAUGUUAUUAUGAUAGUUAACAUGUCACUGGCUGGCCCAGCGGAAUUUGUAUCAAAUCUGAAUCAUAUAGUUGCAUAUAAUACCAUGUGAUUGAUAAUGUUUUGAUGUGCCCAGUGGAUGAAUUUUCGUGGUGAUGUUGGUUACUUGAACUUAUGGUGUUUUAUUCACCUGAAAUGGGAAUAUUUAAAAAAAAAUGAAAGUGAUGUAACACCUACUUGAGCUCAAAAUAAUAAUAAUAA